GUCGUUCCGUCGACGGCGUAACUUAUGCUGGCGUAUGUCAUUGUCACGGUCGAUCACUGCGAGGUCUUCGAUAUCCCCGCUCUGUUCGUGGUGGCAGUCCAGACGAUCGUACGGUGUGCUAAAGCUCGCAUUAUUUCCUCGUCCACACGCCAUGGAGGCGUCAACCAAGAGAACCCCUUCGCCGGGCUCAAGCGUCAAAAGACCACAAGCAAGCGAGUCAGACCUCUCCGCCUCUAAACGUCCCAAGCUUGAUGUCAACGAAACCGUGACGGCGUUGGAUUCACCUCCAAGCCACGCUCUCCCUGAGAGUGCAUCUGGUGGUUUCAUCGAGGGCCAGAAAUCCGCUACAGAGCGUCCAGACAAACAAAAGUCUAAGAAGGGGCAACGAGGGACCAAGGACCGCAGACGUGGAACACGGAGAGAGGAUGCAGAACCCAGGGACAGUGAAGAGCCCAAGACUCCGCGCCUGCCUAAGAGGCCGUGCGUGCUGUUGCUUGGUUUCUGUGGUUCCGGCUACAGUGGCAUGCAAUUUCAACCAGAUCAGUCGGUCCGCACUAUCGAGGGCGUCUUGUUUGACGCACUCGUCAGGGUGGGAGCUGUCUCACAAGAUAACGCAGACAAUCCGACCAAGGUCUCGCUCGGUCGUGCCGCAAGGACGGAUGCUGGUGUACAUGCAGCGGGAAACGUUGUCUCGUUGAAGCUUAUCAAUGCUAUCCCCGGUGUUUCUGACCUGGUCGCGCGUAUCAAUGAGGAGCUUCCCCCGGAGAUUCGGUUAUGGAGCGUGCUCCGUACACAAAACAACUUCAACGCAAGAACGUCCUGCGACAGCCGGAAGUACACGUAUUACUUCCCCUCCUACAUGAUGAUCCCUCCGAAGCCAGGCACGCGGCCCGAUGCCGACACCGACGUUGACCUUCGUCGAAAGCGUGACUAUCGGAUGCCUCCUGAUGUCCUGGAGUCGUUACGAGCCACGGCUCGCAAGAGUUGCGCGCGCUACAUGAAGGAUAUCAGCGUCGCUGACCCAGUCGUCUACGGGGACACAGAAUGGGUCAGCGUGAUGUUCCAUGGGCAGAGUUUCAUGCUGCAUCAGCGUAAAAUGAUGUCAGCAUUAGUGCUGGCCUGUCGCACCGCUUCACCCCCUGAUAUCCUAGACGAGCUUUAUGGCCCGCGGAUGUACCCCAUCUUCGAGACCUACGCCAAGAGAAUUGAAAAAGGGAACGAGAAGCUGAACCUACUGAUACAGACUAUCGGCCACCGAUACCUUCGACAUUCAUCGGGAGCUGAUGGACCAGUUCAAGGACACGCACAUCUAUCCUCGAAUGCGAGAAAUGAGGACGAAGCUGGAGUCUUCGAUGCAUGGAUACACUUGCUCUGGCUUAACUCCAAGGGCAUCAUCCCGGCCGCCGCAGUGAUCCAUAAAGGAGAACGUCGUGCUGGCCGCUUCAGAGAGAGGAAACACUUCGACUCGACCGGUUACCCGACGAUUACUGACGACUCUACAACGGUCGUAGACGAGGAGGCGGAAGAGGAAGAUGAAGCAUUAGACAAAGCUAAAUUAGACGAUAUGGAGGGCUGAUGUCAUAUGUACCUCCACCUGAUAAUACAUAAAGUCUGUCCGCAUACGUAUCAAGCCAAAAGAUCUACACAUUACGUACAUGGCGGCCUGUUCGGCAGUGCUUCUUGACAGCCGUUACCGUGUCGUUCACGUUCAUCCGGCCUGGAGAUAUACGUGCAAGAGCGUGACUGAAUGAAGCCAAAGCAAGGAUGGUUUGUAGCGGUGAUCGUUGGUGGUGGCGUCGGUUCGUAUAGUCGUCAAGUGUGGUCGAUCAUGACUGGAACUUCCUCAUGGUUUGGAUCUCAUCCAAGAGAGCUUGAAGUCGGUCGUCAUCGAUCUUGACAAGACUGGGAAGGGUAUCGUCGUCAAAAAUCGUGCAGGUCAGGGCUUGCGAUGAACCUCGCACCUUGGGAUGACACUCUUCGCUUCUUCGACAUCCGCAGGGCAUAGGUUGGCUAUUUGCGCUGUUUCAAAUUGUGUCAGAGCAGGCUCUCUCCGCAAGGUCCUGAUUGUAUC